CCACGACCCAGGGAACCUGUUCCUCUGUGGCUGGCCGGUUUAUAGGACGAGCUGAUAAUGUGCUGUUUGUCUAACCUCACUUUUACGAGGACACGACCUCGGAAUACCGGAGCUUGAAGACCGCAAGCGGUUAUCUUAAAAGGGGAUGCUUCGUCUGUGGUCGGGUCAAAUAGGACCGCUCAUGUCAUCUAUUUUCCACAGCUUUCCAUCAUACCUACAUUGUUAGCACGCUAGCUCGCUUGAUGGGUCGGUAGGUGCCAUGGCCGUGGCCGAGCCUAUGGAUAGUGAGACAGCAAGGCCAUUUGCUUGGCCAGUCCAUUCAUUGUAGAGGAUCCUUGACAUAGACUUACAAAUAAAAUCAUAUAGUUUGAUUACCUCGGAUUAUAUGUAUAUUAAAAUCUCAAAAUGACAUCAGAAUCGGUGAAAGUUGUUGUUAGGUGUCGACCAAUCAAUGACAGGGAGAAAACACUGAACUGUAAAAUGAUUGUUUCAAUGGACACAAGUCUGUGUCAGUGCUUUAUUGAGAAGCCAGGGACUUCCAGCGAGCCACCGAAGCAGUUCACGUUUGAUGGAACUUACUUCAUUGACCAAACCACGGAGCAAAUCUACAACGAAAUUGCCUAUCCACUGGUAGAAGGAGUGACUGAAGGCUAUAAUGGGACAAUAUUUGCUUAUGGCCAAACUGGAAGUGGUAAAUCCUAUACCAUGCAGGGAGUAGUGGAGCCCUCAUCGCAGAGAGGUGUCAUUCCUCGCGCGUUUGAGCACAUCUUUGAAACAAUCCAGUGUGUAGAAAACACCAAGUUCCUUGUCAGGGCAUCCUACCUGGAGAUCUACAAUGAAGAAAUCCGGGACCUUUUAGGAAAAGACACCAAGCAGAAAAAGGAACUUAAAGAACAUCCGGAACACGGUGUGUAUGUGCGAGACCUCUCCAUGCACACAGUGCACAGUGUUGCAGAAUGUGAGUGCAUCAUGGCGCAGGGCUGGGGCAACCGCUCGGUGGGCUACACCCUCAUGAAUAAAGACUCGUCGCGCUCCCACUCCAUCUUCACCAUCCACCUGGAGAUCUGCAGCACUGAUGCUGCAGGGAAAGACCACUUGCGGGCGGGCAAGCUGAACCUGGUUGACCUGGCAGGGAGCGAACGGCAGACCAAGACGGGCGCCACGGGUGAACGCCUGCGCGAGGCCACCAAGAUCAACCUGUCGCUGUCGGCACUGGGCAACGUUAUCUCGGCACUGGUGGACGGGCGCUCCAAGCACGUGCCCUACCGCGACUCCAAGCUGACGCGGCUGCUGCAGGACUCGCUGGGCGGCAACACGCGCACGCUCAUGGUGGCCUGCCUCUCGCCGGCCGCGGACAACUACGAGGAGAGCCUGAGCACGCUGCGCUACGCCAACCGCGCCAAGAGCAUCCAGAAUCGCCCGCGCAUCAACGAGGACCCCAAGGAUGCCCUGCUGCGCGAGUACCAGGAGGAGAUCAAGCAGCUGCGGGUGCUGCUCUCCGGCCAGCUGGGCACUGCCAACCUCACAUCUUUGCUGGCCAGUCAGAUGUCCGAUACUGAGGCCACGCCCCGCCCCAGACCACAGUCCAGCUCUCUAGAGAGUGAAGCGGAAAAGGAGAAGAUCAAGCAGGACUAUGAGGAGAAGCUGUCCAGGCUCCAGGCCGACUACCACGCAGAGCAGGAGUCCAAGGCCAAGCUGCAGGAAGCCAUCGCCGUGCUGCGCACCUCCUACGAGGCCAAGCUGUCUGGCCUGGAGAAGUCCAGACCGGACCGAUCCAACACCACCACCACCAACAUGGGGAGUCAGCAGAGUGCAAGCCCUUUCAGGGAAGAGGAGGAGUUCGCUGAUCAUGCUGUCUCCCAGGAGGCCACUGUGGAGAAAGACUUGGCUCAGGUGGCGCAGGCACGGACUGAAGGCCCUGUAGUCAGCGCACAGAGAGAGCCGGGGACUGCCGGCUACUCAGAGCACAGCCCCACAACCACCCCCACACCACUGGACCAGAGACACGUUAUCAAAAGGCUGCAGCAGCUGGAGCAGGAGUUUGUGGGCGGCGAGCAGGCGCGCAACGAGGAGCUGAGGCAGCGGCGCCGCCACAGGAAGACCCUCGCCGACAAGAGGAAGAAGCAUUUUGUCGAGUCGCUCGACCAGAACGAUGAGUGCGACAACGUGCUGCUCAACGUCUACAACUCCAUCCAGGAGGAGGUGCACGCCAAGAGCAAGGCCCUGGAGAUCACGCAGGAGAAGCUGAAGGCUGCCAGGCUGGAGAUCCGUGACCUGCAGUCCGAGUUUGAGCGAGAGCGUGAUGACUACCUGGGGUCCAUCCGGCGGCUAGAACGCGACGGGGAGCUGCUGCAGGGCCUGCUGGAGCGCAUGGCGACGCUGGUGCGCCGCGACUGCAACUUCAGCAACGUGGAGCGCCUGCGCCGAGAGGCCACGUGGGACGAGGAGAGCGCCACCUGGAGGCUGCCCGAGGUGCUGGUGCAGAAGACGGCCCUGCCUGCAGCAGUGACUCCCUCUGCAGUGUCAGCAGCUCCAGCAGCCCCAGCAAGCCGACUCCCUGGCCAACGCAACUCCAGCUCUGACCCCGGGGAGCCUGUGUCCUUCAUGCAGGAGGAGGAGGGGGACCGCUACAAGGAGUUGCUGAACCGCAGCGGGAGUGAGAACAUCGCCAGCAACUACUUCAAGUCCAAGAGGGCCAGCCAGCUGCUGGCAGGAGAGCCCAUCAAGGCCAUGGGGGGUCUCCACUCCCCUCCUCUGGGAAAUGGCAACUCUCUCCUGACCGCCAGCAGCACCAACCUCUCCCCCUUAUCCAGCUCCGAGUCCCUCAUGCCCCGACCCUUCCGCCUGGAGUCGCUGGGCAACCCUCCCUCCAUCAGCAAGGCCAAAAGGAAGAAGAGCAAAUCACACUCGUCCUACUACGGCAACUGAGGGGAAAACUAACACUGUGAUGAUCAUGAUCGUGAUGGAGGCAGAUGACCAGUAGGAUCAUGAGUCCACUCUUAACUUUUCAUGUGGCCUUUGUUUGACCCUUGACCUGAUGGAAAAAAACACCUUGGAUGACAUCUCUGUUGCACUGAGAGGGGUAUACACUAUACAGGUCAUUAAGAGAUUUUUUUCCAGAGCUUACAGUUAGUGCUCUAAGGGUUGCCCUGCCAUGAACACAUUAAUUUAACAGAGCAUUGCAGCUGUGUUUAUAGAUCUUUAUUUCUUUAUUUUGAAGAUAACAUACUACCUUAACUAUGAUGUCCUCUAGCACUACCUUGCAUAGCCUUAUGUGUUAGCACUUUAGCACUAGUUUUCAUCACAAAUGUUCCUGUAAAUAUUAUGGAAUGUAAUAUUUAAAUGUCGUGUCUGGCCAAUGUAACAGCCAUAAUAAAUUACUUAAAUGUU